UUGUGGGUUAAUCUGAAGAUGUUGUUCCUUAUUUCUAUUCUGUUGAUGCACAAAGAUGUAUGUUGUGCAGAUGAUUACAAACUUGAGACGAAGACAGUUUCCGUUGGACAGAAUGUGACCUUGACAUGCACUCGCCGGGAAGAUCAGGCAUCCGAAACUUUGCAUUGGAUCCGACUUGUUUCUGGAAACCGACCUGAAUUCCUGGGAGGAACAUACGUCUAUGAAUAUAAAGGAAUUCAAUGGAAAUUUAAUCGGCACAUUACAUUAAAACAAGAACCCAACGCCUUUAUUCUGCAUAUUAAUAAAUUGAAGCUGAAUGAUACCGGUCUUUACUUCUGCGUUAAAGUUCAAGGACUGAACAUGAUAUUUCUGAACGGAGAGUUUCUGAGGGUUAAAGAUGCAGAACGAGAUACCAUUUCUGUCUCUCAAGUGUCUCCAUCUGAUCCAGUUCAUCCAGGAGAACAAAUAACUCUGGAUUGUUCAGUCUUUUCCGACUCUCAGAAGAAAACAUGUCCAUCAAAUGUGUACUGGUUCAGAACUGGAUCAGAUGAGUCUCAUCCUAGUUUGAUUUAUGCUCAUAAAAACAGUUCUGGUGACUGUAACAGUAGUCCUGAGACUCACUCUGCUCAGAAAUGUGACUACAGCUUCUCCAAGACCGUCAGCUCCACUGAUGCUGGGACUUACUACUGUGCUGUGGCCUCAUGUGGACACAUAUUAUUUGGAAACGGAGCUAAACUGGAGAUCAAAGCAUCAGAACUGUGGGAUUUGCAGAAAGCCAACACAAUUCUUUUUAUCCUUUGUGUUGUUUUGACUACAACUCUCAUUGUCAUAUCCAUCCCUGUCCCUGCAAUGAAGAUGAAAACUAUUGACUGUUGCAAAGAUGCUGUAACAACCUGUGGAGAUCCAGAAAUUCAAGAGAGACAGGAGGACUCUGUGUUUUAUUCUACGGCCAUCUUCAGCAGGAAGAACGUCGGAACAGCAGACAGCAGGCAUGAUUUUGGGACAGUUUAACAGCGUACUAAGUCAGUUAAAUGGUACUCAUGACUUUGACUUAAACUUAAACUGUCACUUAAUUAAGAAUUGCAUAUAUUAAUUAUUUUAAAGCAUCUUUAUGUUUGAUUUGACAAACAGCCUUCCCUUUCUUACUUUAAAAUAAUUACUUACAAUCAUUGCAGAUGGUAACUUCCAUAUGUACAGUACCUCACUGAAACUGAUUGAUUACAGCCUUUCUUUGCUGACUGCGCUAAUGAAGAGCAUAUUAAUAAAAAUU